AUGACGAUUAGGUCAUUCAAGGGGAUACGCAUUAUGCAUAACAUAAAUAAGAGCAUUACCUCGGCUCAUUUUAAAAAGUACUCGACUCUGUUCUUCAAUGGCAAUAGUGAGUUCACCAAUGCAUCUCUUCAAAUUGUUUGUUUUGAUCUAAGUACCAUUACUACGAUAAGCGAUAGGCGUUCUCCAUUUGUUACACUGUUGACUCCAGACAAGAAGUGGCUUAAUCUGAGCAGGAAUGACGCAUUAUCGGAGGGAAGUGCUGAGUAUGCUACAGUAAACUUGACCCACGGCAGGUUCAUGGGAGCUCGUGCAACAAUAAAUUUGUGGAAUCCUGCCGUCGUUUAUCCAGAAGUCAGUUUCUCCCAAAUUUGGCUCGAAGCAGGCCCCGAAGAGAGUUUGAACACAGUGGAAACGGGAUGGUUGGUCGAUACAGUUUCUUAUCCCCGCAAUCAGGCGAAGAUGUUCACAUUUUAUACCGGCAGCAGAUAUGCUCCAAACAAUCUGCUUCUACCAGUUUCCAUCUAUGAUGGACCGCAAGUCGAGAUAACUAUAGCCAUAUGGAAGGAUCAAGUUACUGGAGAUUGGUGGCUGCGCAUUCAGGAUGAAAAUGUAGGGUACUGGCAUAAAGAUCUCUUCACUCAUCUAAAGGGCCUGCAGAAGCAAUUCAUUGGGGUGGAGAGAUAG